AUGUUUUACACCCGACGUACGGUAUUCGUAUUCAUAUGUUCAAUUGUUUUUCUUCAAGCGCUUUAUUAUAUUAUCACAUUACAAUUAAAAAAGAACCAAACAAUCAGCCCGUAUGAUCUCACGUCAGAUAAGGAGAAACUAUCCGUUUCAAAUGACACAACUCUAAUACAAAAAAUCGAGCCUUCGUUCAUUUCAACUACAUCUAUUCAAACUCUAGUACCUUCGUUCAUCAAAGCUACGUAUGUGCUGGCAAUCAAUCUUACUCGACCUGACCCCGUGGUUUUCAAAUCUUAUCCUGUGUGCAACUUUUCGAUUUCGAACAAUGAUACAAGUAUUUAUCGUGUAACAGUCAGUAAAACCAUACAUCCGUUUGACGUGAUUGAAAAGCAUCAUGACGAUAUUGAUUGGGGUGGGCAUUGGUUUCCGAAAACAUGUCGAACGGAACAGCGUUUAGCUCUAAUUAUCUGUUAUCGAAAUCGAGAAUUUCACCUGAAACUAUUUCUCGACAAUAUUCAUUCAUUUCUCAAACAACAACAGUUAGAUUACACGAUAUUUGUUGUUAAUCAACAUGGCACUGAUCAAUUCAACCGAGCAGCUUUAUUCAAUGUUGGCUUUCUCGAAGCAAUGAAAUUGUACUCGUUCGAUUGUUUUAUCUUUCACGAUGUCGAUCUUAUACCGGAAGAUUUAAGAAACGUUUACAAAUGCGGAGAUCGGCCAAGACACAUGUCAGUUGCUGUCGAUAAAUUCAAUUAUAAACUACUAUAUUCGACCUUAUUCGGUGGAGUGACAGCAUUCAGCUUAUCGGAUUUCGUUGGCGCUAAUGGUUAUCCGACUGUUUACUGGGGUUGGGGCGGCGAAGACGAUGACAUGUAUUUACGUGUCAGUAGAAAGUUGAAAAAGUCGAUAACACGCUAUCCGAUUGAAAUCGCCCGUUACAAAAUGAUUCGAACGUAUAAUCAUACAUCAGGAAAAGCUAACCCUCAUCGCCAUGACAUCCUCUAUUCGAAGUAUGACUAUAAUCGAGAUGGAAUCAAUACGACGCGAUACAAUUUACAUGAAUUGGUUUUUUAUAAAACGUUUACAAUGAUCAAUGUGACGUUGACUGAAGAACGUUUCGAACAAAUCAGUGCUCGAUUGAAUAUCACCAAACGGAAACCAGCUAAGAAAAUCAAAACCAUAAGAAGAAAGGCAUGA